AUGAGGAUACCCAUAUUUACUGCUGCCAGUCUGGCACUGGCCGUCUUGCCAUGUCUGGCGGUACCAUCAUAUUACGUUUCCAGGGAUAAUGGCUGCGAACACCAGGUGAAGGAGAGCAUCACGCCGCCUCACGGUUGGACGAAGUAUGCCGCCGCGCCACCCUACCACACGAUCACUCUUCGAAUCGCUCUUUCACAACCCCAUUUCUCGACUUUGGAACAACACCUGGCUGAAAUCAGUGACCCAGACCACCCGCGGUAUGGCGCGCACCUUUCGGCGGAGGAGGUUGACGCGCUAGCGGCACCGCACUCUGAUAGUAUCAGGCUGGUGGACGAAUGGCUCGCUGGUCACGGUUUAAAGGAUUCGGACAUCGCUCGCUCGUCGUCGAAGGACUCGCUAAGCUUCACAGUGCCUGUAAAGCUGGCAGAACAGAUGUUGGACACGGAAUACAACGUCUGGCGGCACGACGACGACGAGUACAUCCUUCGCACAACACGCUACAGUCUACCGGCAAAACUCCAUGCACACAUUGAGCUUGUGCAGCCGACCACUAUUUUUGCCCGCUGGAAAGGACUCAAAUCACAUCUCUUUUACGAGGACGUCGAAGUCCAAACGAAGACUCUUGCCUCGCCACUCAUGAACGUAAACAACUUCAACGUUGUGGGCGGUGGUAUUCUUCCUGCCGGUCGCGUUGACCCGAAUUGCAACUACACGAUCACGCUCAAUUGCUUGCGGCAGAUGUACAACAUCGAAUACACACCCCAGGCCAUUGACCAGCAACGAAUUGGCAUCACAGGGUAUCUCGAGCAGUUCGCGAAUAUCGAGGAUCUUCAGUCGUUCUACAAGAUGCAGCGUCCUGAUGCCUUGGGUUCCGACUUUGAAUAUUUCUCUGUGGCUGGCGGGAUCAACAACCAGAGCAUAGAGGCUGCCGGUACUGAAGCCAAUCUCGAUGUACAGUACGCUUUUGGACUCGCCCAUCCAAUACCUGGUGUCUACUGGUCAACCGCCGGUCGGCCUCCCUUCCAAGCUGAUAUCGCAACUGUGAGGAAUACCAACGAGCCCUACCAAGAGUGGCUUGACUACAUGUCGUCGUUCCCCAACCCGCCCGCCGUCAUAUCAACUAGCUACGGUGAUGCAGAACAGACCGUGCCGCGAUCGUAUGCGGUAAACGUGUGCAGAGGCUUCGCCAAGCUGACGGCUCGUGGUGUUUCGCUGAUAUUCGCUUCGGGUGAUGGUGGCGUUGGAGACGGAAACCCAGAUCCUGAAACCCAGAAAUGCAUCAGCAACGAUGGUCGAAAUGCCACUAGGUUCUCACCGCUGUUUCCCGCGACGUGUCCAUAUGUCACAGCAGUUGGAGGCACGAACAGCUAUCCUGAGGUUGCUGUAUACUUUUCUGGAGGCGGUUUCAGCAACUACUUCCCUCGCCCAGCCUAUCAAUCGCAGGCAGUGAAUCAGUUCCUUGGAAAACUAGGCAACACAUACCAAGGCCUUUACAACCGAUUUGGUAGAGCUAUUCCAGAUGUCGCCGCCCAAGGCCGCCAUUAUGCAAUCCACUCCAGAGGCAAAUGGGCGUCGAUUGGAGGGACAUCUGCUGCAGCACCCGUCUUCGCUGCCGUGAUUUCGCUGAUCAAUGAUGCUCGCCUCGCCCAAGGGAAAUCUGUCCUCGGUUUCUUGAACCCAGCGCUGUACAAAAGCGCGAUCCCCGGACUCAAUGAUAUUACGGAGGGAAAUAACCCUGGGUGUGGGACGAAUGGCUUCUCCGCGACGGAUGGGUGGGAUCCCGUCACUGGCCUUGGGACGCCUGAUUUCUUAAAACUCAAGGACAUUUACACGAACAUGCCGUAG